CGCGUCCGUUUACAGGAUGGUGAUUCUCCUUGAUUUAUGGGGUAUGGUCUAUCCGAUGGUCGACCACAAUAACGGUUUUGAUCACGACAAUUUUAUCACGUAGAGUGUCGCUCGCUUGCCAAUGGUAUAAAAGUGCAGUGAUUGGCCGUUGGUGAUGCGGGUAAAAUUUUCAAAAGCCAUGUGAAGCUCUCCUUCUCUUCCUACCAUUGCUAAAUGAUAAUUAGAAAUCCCCAUCGACGUCACUCUUUAAUCUGCCUCCUCGAUCGAUGCAAGUCAAUGCGAGAAUUGAAACGAAUCCACGCCCAAAUCGUCGUCUCCGGCCUCUCUGACGAAAACUACUUGGCCUCAAAAAUCCUAUCCUUCUCCGCCAUCUCAGAAUCAGGCGACAUUGACUAUUCUGGUAGAGUUUUUAAUCAGCUCCAGAACCCAAACAUCUUCAUUUGGAAUACCAUCAUUAGAGGCCACUCAAUAAGCAAGAAUCCCAAUCUUGCGAUCUCGAUUUUCACCCACAUGCUGCGUGUCGGGAUUUCUCCAGACUACCUGACAUUUCCGUUUCUGGCGAAAUCUUGCGCACGUUUGACAUCAUCGCGUCUUGGAUCGGCUGUGCAUUGCCACAUUGCUAAGAGUGGGAUUGAAAUCGACAUCUUUAUUCAGAAUUCUUUGGUUCACAUGUAUUCCUCUUGCAGCGAUAUUAAAGCCGCGCAGAAAGUGUUUGAUGAAAUUUCUCGACCGAGCUUGGUUUCGUGGAAUGCCAUAGUCGAUGGGCAUGCGAAGUGCGGCGACCUGAUAGCUGCGCGCAGACUGUUUGAAUUGAUGCCUGAGAGGGAUGUAGUAUCUUGGAGCGCUUUGAUUGCAGGGUAUGUUAAGGGUGGGGACCACAGGGAGGCUUUGGCAACUUUUGAGAGGAUGCAAGCUGUGGGGGCCAGGGCGAAUGAGGUGACCAUGGUGAGCGUGUUGUGUGCUUGCGCCCACCUGGGUGCACUCGAGCAAGGAAGGAGGAUCCAUGAUUACAUCAAAGACAAUAGCUUGAAACUGACUUUGGUGUUGUCCACAUCCCUAGUGGACAUGUAUGCCAAGUGCGGAUCGAUCAAGGAGGCUUGGCGAGUGUUCCACGCAGUCCCACUUGCCCAAACAGAUGUGCUGAUUUGGAAUGCUAUGAUAGGUGGUCUCGCAACAAAUGGGUUGAGCAAAGAAGCUCUCGAUUUGUUCGAUGAGAUGCAGUCCACGGGCAUUGCCCCAGAUGAGAUCACUUAUCUAGGCUUGCUAUGUGCUUGUGCCCAUGGUGGACUAGUAGAGGAUGCAUGGCGCUUCUUCAAAUCUCUAGAUGCGAAUGGCAUGACACCUAAAACAGAGCAUUAUGCUUGUAUGAUCGACACCCUUGGCCGUGCGGGCUGCUUAGAUGCGGCGUAUGAGUUUGUAAACACAAUGCCGGUUGAACCGACUGCUUCGAUGCUAGGUGCUCUACUAAGUGGGUGUAGAACGCAUGGGAGGGCAGAUCUCGGUGAAGUCAUUGGCAAGAAACUAAUCGAAUUGGAGCCCGAUCAUGACGGUCGGUACAUUGGAUUAUCAAAUGUGUAUGCGGCCGCCUGCCGGUGGGACGACGCCAAGACGAUGAGGGAAGCUAUGGAGAAGAGGGGAGUCAAGAAGGUGCCAGGAUUUAGCUCUCUAGAGGUGGAUGGGACCCUUCAUAGAUUCAUAGCUCAUGAUAGAGCACACCCUCAAUCACUAGGGAUAUAUUCCAUGUUGAAUGAUUUGGGAAAACAAAUGAAAUUGGAGGGUGCUUGCCAAACGCAACCAGAUAAUCAUUUGUAUGAUAUAGGAGAGGAUGGAUGAGUUGCUUUUCUCCACUCUUCUCAUUUGCAUCAAUUUUCUGAGCCCUGUAUCAAAUAGGAUUAUAG